UGCGCCACUGAUCGGCUCUCUCUGACCCUGGGCGGGAUAUGUCUGUCCUUUCGUGGGCUUCAGCUGCUUUAUUUAGAAGAUGGAAGUCGUAUUCUCAGGGAUUAGAAGCUCCUUUGGGGCUGGAACUGACUUUUAUUAGUGUUACACACUGUCGCCUGCCCGGGCACAGAGCAAGCAAGAACAGGGACUGUAUUAGGAAUCUUGGAAGCACUGCCAGCAUGUCUGAUGUUCAAGAAGCCACUAACCAACUCUUGGAUGUGAACCUUGAUGAGAACUGGAGGUCUAUACAAGUGACAGGAAGUGAUCCUAGAAGUGAGUCUGAGCACCUCCAAGUCACUGUUGGAGCCACUGUACCUACUGGUUUUGAGCAAACAGCUGCAGAUGAAGUGAGAGAGAAAUUGGGGUCAUCAUGCAAAAUCAGCAAAGACCGGGGCAAGAUAUAUUUUGACAUUUCAGUGGAAAGUCUGGCUCAGGUUCAUUGUCUGAGAUCAGUUGAUAACUUAUUUGUGGUUGUUAAGCAGUUUAAAGAUUACCAGUUCAAAGAAACAAAGGAAGAAGUUCUAAAGGAUUUUGAAGAACUGGCUGGGAAGCUUCCAUGGUCAGACCCUUUAAAAGUAUGGAAAAUUAACACCAGUUUCAAGAAAAAAAAAACAAAGCGCAAAAAGAUGAAUCAGAGUUCAGGUAAAGAGAAGAUUGAUAACGGACAAGGAGACAAGACAGAUGAGAAAGAUGAUAAAAAAGGAUUCACUAACAAUACCUUAGAUUCCCAUAUCUUAGACUAUUAUGAAAAUCCAGCCAUCAGAGAAGAGAUAUCAACAUUAGUAGGUGAUGAUUUGGCAUCUUGCAAAGACGAGAAGGAUGAAAGUUCAAAAGAAGAAACUCAUCCUGAAGUGCUGAAGUUUAGAGUCACAUGCAACCGGGCAGGAGAGAAACAUUGCUUUUCCUCAAAUGAGGCUGCAAGAGAUUUUGGGGGUGCUGUUCAAGAUCACUUUAAGUGGAAGGCUGACAUGACCAACUUUGAUGUGGAGGUUCUUUUGAACAUCCAUGAUAAUGAAAUUGUUGUGGGCAUUGCAUUGACAGAAGAGAGUCUCCACCGAAGAAAUAUCACACAUUUUGGACCUACAACACUUAGAUCUACUCUUGCCUAUGGGAUGCUUAGGCUCUGUGCUCCUCAACCUACUGAUAUAAUAGUUGAUCCGAUGUGUGGAACAGGAGCAAUACCAAUUGAGGGGGCUACUGAAUGGUCUAACUGUUAUCAUAUUGCUGGUGAUAAUAAUCCGUUGGCUGUGAAUAGAGCAGCAAAUAACAUCUCAUCUUUAUUGACCAAGAGCCAAAUUAAAGAAGGCAAAGUGUCCUGGGGCUUGCCCAUAGAUGCUGUUCAGUGGGAUAUCUGCAAUCUGCCAUUGAGAACUGGCUCUGUGGACAUUAUUGUAACAGACAUGCCAUUUGGAAAAAGGAUGGGCUCCAAAAAGAGAAACUGGAACCUUUAUCCAGCUUGCCUACAGGAGAUGAGCCGUGUCUGUAGACCAGGGACAGGCCGAGCUGCACUACUUACUCAGGACAAGAAAUGCUUUACCAAGGCAUUAUCUGGAAUGGGACGUGUUUGGCGGAAGGUACAUACUGUCUGGGUGAACAUAGGGGGUCUUCAUGCAGCAGUUUAUCUUCUGAAACGUACACCUCAAGCUUUUCAUCCUUCAGAACAAGAUAGGGAAAGAACUCCUUGGUGAUGCAAAGAAUGAAGAUGGUUAAUGGUAUUUGUGCCUCCCAACACUGGGAAUGUCAGCAUGAAGAACAUGGUUUGAGAGAAAAACAGUGUUAAUAAAAUUGCAGUUUGCAGUUUAAACUGA